UCUCUUCCAGUUCUGGUCGCAGCAGCAGCAGCGUGGUGAAGGAGAACCCGGCGUGGAAAAACGUUAGCGACACUUUCUGGACUUAAUUUACGGUUAAACGUUUAUAACAGCUGCGUGUAGUUUGAGGUUUGAGCUUCUCUGAUUCAGACCUGUCGAAGAAAACCGUCAGAGAUUCCGCCACAAGAUGCCUCAUCGAAAGAAGAAAUCGUUCAUUGAAAAGAAGAAGGCCGUGACCUUUCACCUCGUCCACAGAAGUCAGAGGGAUCCGUUGGCUGCAGAUGAGAAAGCACCGCAGCACGUCCUCCUGCCCGCCACCAAGGUGGAGGUAGAGAAGAGGCGAGAGGAGCAGAGGAACUUUGGCGUUUUCUUCGACGACGACUACAACUACCUGCAGCACCUGAAGGAGGCGUCGGGCGCCUCUGAGCUGGUGACGGCCGGCCCCUCCUACACCGACAGACGACCUGUUAAACUCCGUGAUGAAGAUGAUGAUGGUGAAAAUGAGGAAGAGGGCGACGCGGACACGGUGUGUCCUGUGAGUUCAGUCAGAUUUCCUCUCAGUCAGGCAGCCAACAUCAACCUGCCGUCCUCGGUGUUCGCCUCAGAGUUUGAGGAGGACGUGGGACUUCUGAACAAAGCUGCUCCAAUCUCAGGACCACGUCUGGACAUGGACCCCGACAUCGUGGCCGCGCUCGACGAAGACUUCGACUACGACGACCCCGACAACAUCCUGGACGACGACUUCAUCGUCAGAGCUAACACUGGGAGCGGAGCGGCGGACGUGGGAGGGGACGAUGACGAUGAUGAUGAUGAGUGGGAGGACACGGACGAGGAGGGCGACUUCGACUCUGAGGGAGGGGUUUCGGGCGACGAGGACCUGGGACCGGGCGGCGUCGGCCGAGAGUUUCUGUUCAUGGACGAGGAGACGAAGAGUCGGUUCACAGAAUACUCGAUGACGUCGUCGGUGAUGAGGAGGAACGAGCAGCUCUCGCUGCUGGACGACCGCUUCGAGAAGUUUUACGAACAGUUUGAUGACGAUGAGAUUGGCGCUCUGGACAACGCCGAGCUGGAGGGCUACAUCGAACCGGACAGCGCUCGCCUGGAGGAAGUUAUAAAAGACUACUUCAAACAGAAAGAGAAGGAGUACCAGAGGCCUGAUGACCUGGGUCCUAAAGAACUUCCUGUGGUGAGGGAGGAGGAGGAAGAGGAGGAGGAGGAAGAGGAAAUGGAAACUGUUGUUAUCAAGGCAGCAGAAGAGAAGUGGGACUGUGAAACCAUCGUCAGCACAUACUCCAACAUAUACAACAGACCCAAAAUCAUUCAAGAUCCACCAAAGUCGAAGCCGAUCCGUGUCUCCAGUAAGACGGGCAUCCCUCUGGACGUCCUCCCCGGCAGAAGCCUGACGGCGAAGCAGGCGGAGCGUAUGACGAUGAUCAACGACUCGGACCUUCCUCGCGUCUCCACCCAGCCCCGAGACAGAGCCGAGAGCAGAGAGGAGAGGAAGGCGAGGAAGCAGGCCGUCAAAGGAGAGCGCAAGGAGAGGAGAGUGGAGAAGAAAGCCAACAAGGUGGCGUUCAAGGAAGAGAGAGUGCGACAGGAGAAGCAGAUGUUGAACCUGAGGAUGAACAUUCAAGGCAUGAAGCUUUAGUAUCGGAGAGAGGCGGCGCUCGGCUCGCACAGACUCUUCACGCGCUGAUGGCGUGAUCAGCCGACACGCCGCGCUUCACCUCAGUGCAGCUGACGGGACGACAAACAUCCCCAGACAAGAGCGGGCUGAUGGGGGUGAUGACUUUUCUUCAAAGACAGUUAAUUUAACUUUUAAUAAAAGGAGAAAUCCAGUUUAUCUACAGAAAACCAGCUCAGAUCAUGUUGCUGUGACAGUUUGAAAUCCAGGAACUUUGGUACAAGCUGAAAUGUUUCUAAUGAAACGCUCUUAUCAGAUCCUGAUUUAAGAUCUAGUUUGUCAACGUUACACCGUCUUUAACCCACAGAUAAAGGAAGAGGUGAGAAAAUUAAACCCGCUCUCUCGUCUGUACGUGAAUAACGAGUUAACAGCUGCACAAAGAUACAAAAUCCACCUACAAGCUCCAAUUAUACGACAUGUUUUUUUAAUCCACGCUAAAAACCAAAAGGCUGUUUGUUGUUUUUAUACUUGGGUUAGAUAAUUACACUUCAGAUUAAACAAAUGAGUGUUAAUGAGUGAACUUCAGAGGGGCUGGUAGGUGGAUUUCAUUCCCUUUGCACAGAUGCAGGCCAGCUGUUUCCAGGCUUUGUGCUAAGCUAAGCUAACCGGCUGCUGGUGGUAUCAAUCUUCUCAUUUAACAGUCAGUGUGAAUUUCAAAAAAACAUUUGAAAAGGUUUGUAGAAAAAAAAGUUCAUAUUUUUCAAAAUAAAAUAUUCAGAAAAAUGUUGUUUUGGUUUCUGUAUUGAAACCCAGAUAUUACACCCCGCUCUGCAAACAGGAAAUAUCAAGUUUGUUCAUGUGUCUUUAUUAAAAACUCCUCAGUGUGAGAUGUUGAUGUCAUCAGGCUGCACACAGGAGAGCUGAUUGGUCCGACUGGUUCUGCGUCUCCACGCCGGCGACAGUCAGAGCGGCAGCCAUAUUGUUUUCAGGUUGUCCGUCCGUCCGAUAUCUCAGUCACGCCUUGAAGGAGCUUCUUCAAAUGUGGCACAAACAUUCAGUCGGGCUCAGUGAUGAACUGAUUCGAUUUUGGUGGCUAAAGGUCAAAAGGUCACGGUGACGUCGCGUUCUUGUGAAUGCGAUAUAUCAGGAUACACUCUCCCAAAUUCAUUAACAGUUGAACUCAAAUGUACGGUGGCCCUGAAGCUCAAAGCACUGCAACUGAAGAAAACACAUGCAAAUAAACAAACGUGUUACAAAUUCAGUCAUACAACACAAA